AUGGAAGCCAAAUAGAAAGUAUAAUUAGAAGAGACUAAGGAAUCAAUCAGCACCAAUAAUGAUGCCACUUUUGACGGUGUAGAUGAAGACAUGGAGCUUGGUUAGGAAGAUCAAGAGGAAUUAAUGAAGUUUGAGACUGUAUAGCAAUAAAAGGAUAUUGAAUUCGAUAAAGUUAAGAUCUCUGAUUUAGGAGUAAAGAACGAAUAUAGAAGAAUUCCAGUUCCUAGACACAGGUACACUCCCUUGAAGUAAAACUGGGAUAGCAUUUUGAAGACUCUUGUUGAGCACAUGAAACUUCAAGUGAGAAUGAACACCAAGCGUAGAUGCAUCGAAAUCAGAACUUCAAACAAGACAGAAGAUGUUGGAGCAAUAUAGAAAUCAGCUGACUUCCUUAAGGCAUUCAUGUUAGGUUUUGAGAUCUAGGACGCAGUAGCUAUCUUGAGACUAGAUGACUUGUAUUUAGAGACUUUCGAGAUUAAGGAUGUGAAGACACUUCAUGGAGAUCACUUGAGUAGAUGUAUUGGAAGAAUAUGUGGAGAAAAGGGAAAGACUAAGUAUGCUAUCGAAAAUGCUACCAGAAGUCGUAUUGUUGUUGCUGACAGCAAAAUCCACAUUCUUGGUUGCUUCAAUAACAUACAAUUCGCAAGAGACGCAGUCUGCAGUUUGAUUCUUGGUUCUCCCCCAGGUAAAGUCUACUCUAAGCUCAGAACAGUUGGAAAGAGACUAGCUGAGAGAUUCUGA